UCUGGCCCAAGGGGAGGAAGAGUUAAGGGCAGCCCUAACACGCACGUCCCGUAGGCCUCCCUCCCCCACCCUGUGGCCCAGCGUGGGGAUCGUUCCGGGAUCCCCGGGACUGGCCCCUGCCGCCGACGGAGAAGCCCCGGCGGACGCCAUACUAGAAACCAAAAUGGCUGCCCUGAGGAAGCCCGCACAGCGCAGCCAGUAAGGGCCGCGGAGAAAGCUUCCCGCCGUGGGAGGGAGGGGGGAGGGGGACCCCUGCCAGGACCUGCUGCUGCUACUGCUCCUCCUCCUCGGCUCGGCCAGGCCGAGCCCCCCAAGGUACGCUGUGCCAGUUACAGCGGAUACGUCUGUGCUAUAUCGACAUAAAAUACUUUACAGGAAAAAUGAUAAAAUUUUUCCUCAUGGUGAAUAAACAAGGACAAACUAGACUUUCUAGAUAUUAUGAACAUGUGGAAAUCAAUAAGAGAACCAUUCUAGAAGCAGAUGUCAUCAAAACAUGCUUAUCUCGGUCCAAGGAACAAUGCUCUUUUAUCGAGUAUAAGGAUUUUAAGCUCAUCUACCGGCAGUAUGCAGCUCUCUUCAUUGUGGUGGGAAUCAAUGACACUGAGAAUGAAAUGGCUGUCUAUGAAUUUAUCCAUAAUUUUGUGGAAGUUUUGGACAUGUAUUUCAGCCGAGUGAGUGAAUUAGAUAUAAUGUUUAACUUGGAUAAAGUGCAUAUAAUUUUGGAUGAGAUGGUGCUGAAUGGAUGCAUUGUGGAAACUAAUAAGACUCGAAUUCUUGCUCCUCUCCUGAUUCUUGACAAAAUGGCAGAGAGCUGAAUAAAGAAGCCAUAGCCUAACUGUACUGAUUCACAGGAAAUGCCAGAGACACAGAACACCCCUGCAGCUGUACCCCUGGAGAAUCUGCAAGGCCGCACACUACAAGUGAAUUGGGGUCUAGUGCCAAAAGCAUGGUUUGGGAUUUGGGGAUUUCCACCGUUUCCUAAACAGAAAACAAGAAGUAUCUUCAAAAUGGGAUAUGCAGUGAUUAUUAACUAAAUUUAGAGGUGGGGACCUUACCAACUCCAAUUCCAAACAUAUUCUUUAUACUUCUUAAAUUUUAUUAAAUGAAGUAUUUUGGGCAAUUAGAUGAAUUUCACAAAGCAAAUUAAGGAAUGGCAGGAUGAAGUGGGAGGGAAACGAUAUUUAUCAGCCAAUGAAGUUUGAAAAUUGGCUUGAAAAACUACAAAAAGGAUUCAAGAUUAAUGCUGUUUUCUCCUAUCCUUUUUUUUUUAUACAUUUUGAUAAAUUUACUUUUACAUUUGUCUUCUAAAUAAACUUUUCACAAUUUAAUGUGGUUCUAUUUGCCAUUCUAUAAAAGUAUUUGUAAUUGUAAGAAAACUUGCAGGGCUAUAAAGCAAUUUGUAUCAAUAAAUUUGGAAUUUAUCAAACUG